UGAUCCUACCUUAACAAUUUGUGAAAGAACCCAGAACAUACAAGAGACGAAAAAUGUCCGAAAAAGAAAGCUCCAUUAAAAAGAAACUACCUGUUAUUUUAAAUGGCCAAUUUUUUAAGCCAGAUGGCAAAUGUGUAUUGUGUGUAAAUAAAACUAUUAAAUUCGACGAAAAUGCAACUGGAAAUUUACACAAACAUCUUAAGAGGGUGCAUCCAAACAGCUACGCGUCAUAUGAGGCCAUGAAAUCAAAAGUGGCAAAAAAGGAAGAGAAUAAAUUAUCAGAGCCUAAGCCAAAUUUCUUCUGUUUCCAAAGUUCAAGCCAGCUAAACAACACUAUGCGACUAUAUUAUCGCUGAAAUGCGUAUUCGAAACCUUAGUUAUGCUUAAAAAACCAUUAAUUAAGUAAGUUAAUCAUACUAUAAAAGUUUUUGUAAGUUUAAAUAUGAACUGUUAAUUUAUUUUUAAAAAGUACCUAAUAAAAAAUUUAAACCAAAACCAUUAAUUAAGUUAAUCAUACUAUAAAAGUUUUUGUAAGUUUAAAUAUGAACUGUUAUUUUAUUUUUAAAAAGUACCGAAUAAAAAAUUUAAAAAUU